UGUAAUGUCAGUGAGGUCAGUGAUUGUCGUGAUUGUCGAAGUGACAACAAAGAACAAACCGCGGAAGACACAAUAAUACUGUUCAUACUGAAAAAUAAAUAAUAAACGUUGUUUUUUUGUAAAAUAAGAAGAUUUAAAACGUUCGAAAUACUAAAUCCGACUAUAACUUAUUAUAAACACGUGUAGUUGUCUUCUUAGUUGCUGACGUUGCUGAUAAAUCGCUGUGUACUGAUGAGGUUAGGACUAUUUGUUUAUUGUUUACAACUUUACACCGUUUUAUUGUUGAAUACAGAAUUUGUGCAAUACUUCCCGUUUUAGAUUGUAAAUCACAGUCAAAACGACAGUGGGCUACGGAUUUGGAUCUAAUUCUUAAAUUUGUUGCCAUGGAUAGUUCGUCGAAUGAUUACAACGAUACUUCUGACUACAAUGAACUGUUCCUCGCAGUCCACAAUGGAGAGUUACAUCGUGCUUUCUCUCUGUUCGAUAGAUAUUCGAUAACAGAAACGAUACGUGGCAAGUCGUUGCUGCAUGUGGCGAUUGCAAGAGGACAUUCAGAGAUUGCAAAAAUGUUUAUCCUUAAGCGAGACAGAUAUGGCAAUACACCGCUGCAUUUGGCGAUAAGAGAAGACCAGCCUGAGUUGUUCAAUCUUCUUUUGAAGGAAAGUCACCUGUUGAACGCAAGGAAUUUUGGGAAUAAAAGUCCACUACACUUUGCAGCUUCUUAUGAUUACCCUGAAUUUGCAAAGCCACUUCUAGACAAUGGCGCCACUGUUGAGGUAAAAGAUAAAGAGGGAAAUACUCCACUUUAUGUUGCACUGGCGAAUGAAAGCCUUCAGGUGGCAGAAGUUCUUUUUGAACAUGGUGCAGUUUUGAGUGACAACGAUUUGACAAAUAUGGAAUCUCUUCGUAACGCAGUUUGGAGAGGAAAUUUAGAAUUGGUACAGUUGCUCAUGGUGAAUGGAUGCAGCAGAGUCGAUAUUCCAAAAAUUGGUAAUUCUGCUCUUAUACUUGCAGCAACGUCCGGUCGUUUGGACAUUUUAGAAUGUCUCAUGAAGAAAGGCGAAAAAAGUAGUGAAACGAUUAAUAAAGAUGAACUCCACUUGUUUAAAACAAGUAUAGAGAAUUAUCGCUCGAAUAUUUUAAAGUAUUUAGUAGACAUUGGUGUGAAGACAGAAACAGUAGAUGACAUAUUUUAUGACGUAAUUAAUUUGAAACGUUAUGACAUGUGGGAGUAUUUAGUAAAAUUGUUGUCGACAAUCUAUGCAAAAGCGCAUUGUAAAGAGAAGCAGCUUCAUUUUUCGGUGCGAGCGGGUCAACCGGAAGUUGUUAAGGCAAUUGUAAACGAACCAACUAACGAAUAUGAAUCCGACCCUUUUGCUAAAAAAUUGGCAGUUUACAUCGCUGUUGAAACUGGCAACGAAGAAAUAUUAGAAACUCUAUUAAACGCCGGUUAUCCCGUCGAUAGCUUAUUUAAGGUAAUAACUCCUCUUCACGUUGCAGCAACACUCGAGCACCCGAGACUAGUGAAACUGCUCUUGAAGGCAGGAGCUGAUGUUAAUUUACAAACUGAACAUGGUCUCACCCCAUUACACUUCGCAGCAACUUUAGCGCAGCCAGCAGUAGUUAAAUUUCUCCUAGAAAACGGUGCUGAUCCUUCUAAAACCUGCAAUUUCAAAGGAUCACCAUUAUCAAUGUCCUUGAACAUGUUUUCAGAAAUAUUUCGGGGAAGGAAUAUUACUACUUCAACGUUUGAGAAAUUAGUAAAAAUUACAAAGAUGUUGAUUCCACAUUUGAAAAGUGAAGAAUGUAAGGGCUUAUUUCACUAUGCAAUUAAAAUAAGAGUGUUAACUAGUAAUGAGAAAAAUGAUUCAAAUCUAUUAUUACACUAUAAUCAUUUUGAAUUUCGGCCUGAAAUCGUUAGAUGCAUAUGUGCCUACCUAAGUGAUGAAGACAUUAAACUUUGUUCUAAUAGAUUUUUAAAUAUUAUUCAUUCUUUAAAACCUACACCAGCAUUGCUACAACUUUUGAUGGAAUAUGAUGAUUCGACAUCAUGUUUUGAUAUAGAAAUAGACAAUUUCUAUGUAAGUGACAAGAGCAAAUUUCUUUUGAUAGGUUACUCUAAAAACGUUAAUGAUCUUUUGAAUAUUAAAGCGGAAAAUUUCUCGUCUCAUUAUAAUGAUGAAGAUAACAAAAGGGAAAGAACGAAUUGUUUUAAGUUGAUAGUAGCGCGAUUAAUAUUGUUGACCGAAGACUGUCAUCCAGGUGUGUUAGAAUUUUGUCAAAAGAACAAUCUCACUGAUUGGAGAAUAGAAUGUAUAAGGCAGAGAGAUAUUAUGCAAAAGACGAAAAUUGACAUUGAUUUAAACGUCACUUUCUACGAUGCCUUAACCCGACCAGUUAAUAAACUGGCCAUGUACGCAAACAACAAGAAUUUUGUGAAGACAGUUGAUUAUUCUCAAGCAGAAUUUCCAGCGUAUGCUGAGUUUAUAAAAGCGAAUGUCGAACUGGCAGAAACUAGAAGAACAUUUAUAACCGAAUGUGUUUGUUUAAUGUUUAGUGUGAUUAAACAAAAUCAUAAAAUCCAAAUUUCAAAUGCUGAUAUUUAUCAAAUUUUUCAGUAUCUUUCAGUUGUAGAUUUGCGAAGAUUUUCAACAGCUUGUUCCUAAAAUGUAAAUAAUCCUGAAUUAUAAGGCAAAUAUUUUUGUAUGUAUAAUUUGUUAUGUUUCUUUUUCACGAUAAAGAAAUUGUCAUUUAAGUUCAAUGAAAAGUAAUUAAAACUCUAAUAAUUAUUAUUAUAUUAAGUUGAUUAUAAAGUUUAAAUACAUAGAUGUAUUAAGUAAUUACAUUUCUAAGCUUCAAACCAUUUUUUGUACAACGGCAUAAAAUCAUUAACACAUUAAACAAUAUUUUGAAAAUUUUGUUAAAAAUGUUGCAGUGAUGUGAUAUUAAAAUAAAAACUACAUGAAUCACUAAAAGUUUUGCUAAUUUUGAGUCAAUGGACAAGUUUUUCUUAAUUCAUCAGGUACAAUUUCUGAUUGCUUUAACGCAUUGGAAAGGAUAAUCUUCUGGAUUUGAAAAUGAUUAUAGACUGGAAGUAAAAGAUUAUAGUAUGUACAU